AUGGUCGGCGAAUCCCUUAUCCCACCAACGCUGGUAAUGGAUGCUCCUGUGCCGGCGAGCUAUUCCGCACGCUCCGUCGAAAGUCAUUCGGAUGAGGAUACUCCUAUCGCUGAAGUAAGGGAGCAGUCUCGGAGGCGCCGUCUCAUCCUCGAGGCCGACCCGGAUGAUGACAAACUUGACCUGGUCGAGCCGAAGGUGCAAAAAGCGGUGUUGCGGGACCCUCCGACUGUUGAUUUGGUUGGUAGCAAAGUGAACAAGCCUGCUUGGCGCCCCUCUCGCACAAGGAUGGCUCCUCCGGAUGACGAAGCUGACACUACUCUUGCGCCGACCCUAAAACCUCGGCCCAUAGGUAGGAGGAAGCUGCGGCAAAACCCUACUGUUCAGGGAGGCUGCUCUGGUUCGGUGUGUAUGGCGAACCAGGAUGAAGAGGCAGUAGGGGCUGGGAGUGUUACCUCCAGCGUCCCUGUUAUAGUGGAGGUAACUCGCCUCCCUAUCAGCAUUGAAGUAGCAAUGGAGGAAUCUCAGGUGGAGCUGGGUUUGGAGGAUUCGCAUUCGGAGGAUGAACCGCAAAGAUUUGAAAUCAUGAAAAGGCUACUGAUCCCCAAAGCCAACACGCUGCGUUUCACCUCCAAGAAUCGGGUGAGUCAGGUGGUUGCGGCUUUCGAGUCAGGGUUGACAAUUGACCAGAAAGAGGAAGAGACCUCUGUGAAGAUAGUCGUGGAGAGUGGUGAUGACAUCACUGGGCGAGACCAAUUUGAAGGAGUGAUUGAGGUUGUCCCUCAAAUUGAUGAAUAUGGGUCAAACAUUCAGAACCCGGAUUUGGGGGGUGCGAAAACGUCCGCUGGACGCGAUUAA